GUAUAAUUGUGCCAUUUAUCAGUGUUCUGAUUUUUUUUAAAUACUGAGUUGAGUUUGGGAUUUUAUUUGUCGAAGAAAACCCUAAUAUCACGAGCUCUCAAAUUCAAUCUAAGAACAAAUCGAGUGUUUAAAUCUAAGACCAAAUCAGGAAUCAAUGGAUAAUUCACCAACAGAUACACCUCCACCUCUUAAGCGUAACUCAAAUGAUGUAGGAUGGGAGUAUGGAGUCUUGUGUGAUGCAAGAAGUCUAGACAAAGUCAAAUGUAAAUUGUGUGGAAAAGAGUUUUCUGGUGGUGUGUUUAGAAUGAAAGAACACAUUGCUCAUCUGAAAGGAAAUGUGUCAGCUUGUCCUGUAUCAAGUAAAGAAGAUCAAGAGAAGUGUAAGAAGGCGGUUCUUGAAGGAAAAAACAAGAAGAAUCUGAAGCGAAAACAUGAGGAAGCUUUGCGGGCAGAGGUGAACAUAAGUAAAGACAGUGGUACUGAAGAACUGGAAAGAGAGCUUGGAGCACUUAAAACUCCUCACUCCCAAGGUCCUAUUGAUCAAUAUGUGAGCAGCAUUAACCCUGAAGCUUCUUUGGCGGCACAUACACGACAACAGAGUAUCCACGAUGCCAUUUCUAAAGAGAAGUCACAUGUUGUUCGCCAAUACUGUUCUAGAUGGCUUUACCACACGAGUAUCCCUUUCAAUGCCAUUGACAAUGAUAGUUUCAGACUAUUUUGUGAAGCAUUAGGACAGUUUGGGCCUGGUUGGGUGCCUCCAAGUCAGUAUCAGCUUAGAGAGCCAUUGCUAAUUGAAGAACAACAGAGGACAAAGGAAAAAUUGAAGAUCUUAGAAGAAGAAUGGGAAAGGGAAGGCUGCUCAUUGAUGACCGAUGCAUGGAGUGACAUGAAAAGAAGAAGCAUAAUGAAUCUGUGUGUUAACUCAAGAGGUGGUACAUGCUUUCUAUCAUCAAAGGAUACAUCAAAAGAUUCUCACACUGGUGAGUUUAUCUUUAACUAUAUUGAUCAAUGCAUUGAAGAUAUAGGAGCUGAUAAGAUUGUGCAAGUUGUUACUGAUAAUGCGACCAACAAAGUUGCUGCCGCAAAGAUGCUUAAGCAGAAGAGACCGAGAAUAUUUUGGACUGGUUGUGUUGCCCACACAGUUGACUUGAUGCUUGAAGGGAUUUCGAAGUUGUCUGGUUUUGCUAGAAUAAUAGAUCAAGCGAAGGCUGUCACCAUCUUUAUAUAUGCGCAUCAUAAGACCUUAUCUAUGAUGAGAGCAUAUGCAAAGAGAGACAUUGUGCGGCAGGUGCAACAAGGUUUGCGACUUGCUUCUUGACACUGAAUAGUUUGUACGAGAAGAAGGCACAGUUGAAGAAUAUGUUUGGAAGUGAUGAGUGGCAUGAUUGCAAGCAUUCAAAGUGUGUGAAAGGUAAAAAUGCGAGUGAUAUUGUGAUGUCUUACUCAUUCUGGAAUAGUGUGAUGGUUAUUCUGAAGGUCUUCAGCCCUCUUGUGAAAGUUCUAAGGUUGGCGGAUGAGGAAAAGGUUCCAUCUCUUGGGUUUAUUUUUGGUGAGAUCUUAGAAGCUAAGAAAUCUAUCAAGGAAGCUUCUGAUCACUUGGAGAAGAAUUACCUCCCUGUUUUUCGCAUCAUUGAUGAUAAAAUGAAAGGUAGAUUGGAUACUCCAUUGCAUAUGGCUGCCUACUUCCUCAAUCCGUUUUAUUUUUACAAAGAACCGAAUAUCCAACUUGACGUGGAGGUCAUGGAAGGAUUCCUUAGUUGUGUUGAGACUUUCUAUCAUGGAGACUUUGUAAAGCAAGAUUUAUGUGUGAAUCAAGAAGUUAGUCUAUAUAAGAACAAAAGUGGUUCUUUUGGUAGAGCCUUGGCACUAAAGGGAUGUGAAACAAAAGAUGACAAAUUUGAUCCAGGAAUUGGUGGGCAACGUAUGGAUGUGGUGCACCUACUCUACAAAGGUUGGCAACAAGGAUACUUGCUUUGACAUCUAGUUCUUCAGGAUGUGAGAGAAAUUGGAGUAGCUUUGAAGGGAUCCACACAAAGAGAAGAAAUAGACUAGGUGUCAAUCGCUUGAACAGUCUAGUGUAUGUUCAUUUCAAUGCAAGGCUACUUAACAAGCAGAAAAAAAUCAGAGAGAAAAACACGGAUGUGAUAUUUGAUGAUGGCAAUGAAGAUACUGUUGAAGACUGGCUUGUGGAACAUGUGGAAGAACCAGAUAGUGAUGUUAAUUUUCUGAUUGGAAUCCAAGCUCCAAGGGUAAGAGAUUUAUAUGAUGAUGAUUUUGAAUCUGAAGAAGAAGAAGAUAUUGUUGACAUGGAGUUUGAACCUGAUGUCUUUCAAGACAUUUUACUGUUUCCGGAGACACAAGUUGCUUCGUAAGGUGUAACGUACAAGAUAUUCUAACACAUCUUUCUACUACACGGUGAUAACAUGAUCUUUGAAGAUUAGAACUAACUUUUUGUACAUUCUUAAGAUCAAAACAAUAUCUUUUUGGUGUAUCCCGUGUAUAGAAAUUAGCUUUUGUUUUUUGAACUCGAUGUGUAUUAGAAAAAAUUUCAAUAUAUUUUGGAGUAUAAGCUUUAUGUUAUAAA